CACUGUAAAUCACACAUUGGAUCAACUGACAGCAGGAGCAGCAAUGAGCACACACGGUUGUUCUACCUGCACACGCUCUCUGUCUCGUCAUUUCUUUCUUAGAAAGAAGUACGUAUGGGUUUAAGUUAAUACUUUUAUUUUGACAAGCUUACGAGAGGAAGUAUUUGUUCUUUGUGCACAGCUAUUUGCACUAUGUCCCUGCUCAGUUAACAGCUGCGGGGGUUCGAGUUUUUGGACUCAGCUUAAGAGGCACAAUGCCGCUGGUGGUUGCUGGGGCGGAACUGCGGACUCUUACUGAGUGUAACUAUACAUUUCCGGCGGAAGCCCUCAGUGAUGUACAGGAAGUACGCGCCAGUUACUCUGACCUCAGAAUCUAUGUGGACUAUUACGUUUUUCCAGACAAGACGAAGAAGAAGCUGCUUUAUUUGGCCGGAACACUUCCUGUUUGCUACGAAGGAAGUAGCUAUAAUAUCCCAGUGUGCAUUUGGCUUCAUGAGACUCACCCUGCAUCCCGGCCUCGCUGUUAUGUCUGUCCGUCCGUCUCCAUGGUGAUCAAUCCGUCCUGCCCUUAUGUGGACAAAGCCGGGAUCCUUAGUCUAAAUGGCCUUAGAAACUGGACUCAUGGUGUUUCCAGCCUAUCACAGCUAAUGUCAGAGAUGAGGCAAGUCUUUCAGGUGAACACACCUCUCUACUCAAGCAGUCCUGUACAACCCCCAAGCCCCACAUCAGUAGCAGAGGUGUGGUCAGGAAGUGAAUCAGGAAGAAACCAGCAACCCACUGUUGCCUUCUCUUCAAACAUCUUCUGCUCACCCUCCAUCUUCUCCUCCUCUGAUCACACUCCUGCACGUACAGCCAGCCAAUGGGGGCAGAGAAGAGGAUUGAGUGGGGGAAAAUCAUAUUUGGAGGAGCUUCUGGAAAUUGACUUCACUGUUCCUCCACCACCCUCCAUCCACAGCAACCCUUUAAGAAGCCCCUCCCUCUCAGAUCUUCAGCUUAGCAACAAGAUGGAUGUUUUGACACUGACCCAAGAAGACCCAGGUGAACAGACGAUCCAAACAGUAGCAGACAGUGUGUCAACAGUGUGCUGGGAUGGUGGACCAGGCUCCAGAUUAAGCAACAAACAGGCAAAAGAAUUACUGCUACCAGAGCCCGAAGGUAGUGACGGUGUGGCUCAGCUGGCAUCUGGUGGCAGUAGAGUUUAUGCUGGGCCUCAGCUCCGUCCAGACCAGGUGUCAAUCUACAGAUCCUUGAUGGAGAUGGAGGAUCAGAAGUUCAGCCCCACUGAUGUGAUAGAGGCAGUUCAGCUCACCAAAGAUCUACCCUCUGCCCUCAGGUUCUUAAACCAUUGCUGCCCCAUAUGUCAAGACCAGGUGACCUUCAGCAAGGUGGUCUUCAUGACCCACUGCUCCUGUUCCAUUUGUCAGUCCUGUUUCAGCUCCUUCUUCUCCUCAGCCAUCAAGGAGCGAAGCAUCCAUCAGCUGGUUUGUCCCCAGUGUGGCAGACCUGAUGUCAGACAGGGGGCAUUAGGGGAUGCCAUGGAAUUCUUCAACCUACUCGACACUCAGGUAAGCCAUGGGGUCCCCAGAGGGUCAAAGUGCCUGAAGAAUGAGUCACAGCUCAGACUGUUUGUGUGUCUGCAGAUCCGUCACUUCCUGUCUCCUCAAGAUCACGAACUUUUCCAAAGGAAGCUCAGAGAUGGAGCUCUUCAGGAGACAAAUAAUUUCUGCUGGUGUGCUCACUGCUCUUUUGGGAUGUUUCAUGACUCGGGCCAGCUGAGGAUGGACUGUGCCAACUGUAAGAAGAGCACAUGCAGUCAAUGUCGAACAGCUUGGACGCCUGAGCAUCUGGGUUUGUCAUGUGACCAGUUUAAACUAAAGCUGCAGCAAAACCAGAACAAGGACCUGCUCAAAUCCACCCGCCUGACUGACAGCCGCAUCGAGUGUCCUCAGUGCCAGUGUGUCUUCAGUCUGUCCAGAGGAGGAUGUCUUCACUUCACCUGCUCUCAGUGUAAACAUCACUUCUGUGGAGGCUGUGCUCAGACCUUCUCUGUAGGAGCUGUGAGUCCCCCAUCCUCACUCCCUCCCUCCCUCUGUCCUCACUUCCUCCCCCGUCCUGACUUUCUCCCCUCAUCCUCACUUCCUUACCCCAUCUUCACCUCCUCCCUCUGUCUUCCCCCUACUGUAUAUGGUGGCUCUUGUCCCCAGAUGUGUAGUUUCUCUGGUGACUGUUCGACCAGAGGUCUUCAUGCCCACCACCCCCGAGACUGUCUCUAUCACCUCAGAGAUUGGACAAUGAACCGCCUGAAACAACUACUGCAGUUCUACCAAGAGUCUGUGGAACCGGUCCUUGGCUCCUCUGAUCUCUGUCAGGUUUUGGUUCUAAAGGACAGCAGUGAGCUACAGGACGAGCCAUGUGGGAAACCUGCGCUGACGGAACAUCUGGGAUACUGCAGGUCUCACUACAAAGAAGUUCUGGUGGAGCACAUCAACCGCUGCCAUGCCGACCCAGCUGUCCUCUUUAGUAUACAGGAACUGAUGUCAGAGCUUCAGCGCUGGAAAGUGCCAGUUCCAACUAGGAGAGCGGAUGAACUAGAGCAGGCGUAUGCCCAGCGGCUGCGACUUACUGUGACCACUCAGCUUCCUCUCAGAAGAUGAUAAAUUUAAUCACCAUGGCAACCACAAGAGAGGCCAGCUCAUGACACUAACACAUGCUUAUGUUACAUUCUCACAGAAGCUCUUGAAGACACAGUUAUUCAGACGGCCU